AUGUCAUUUGCUAAAUUAGGAAUCAAUACUGGGCUUGAAAUUGUUUACCUAGAAACAGGCCGCCCAAAUUCUACUUUGGCUAAGCAAUUACAUGAUCAUAAAAAACUAGUACGUAUGUUCAAAGACUCCAUUGAUACUACAAGAAAAAUAUCCAAACUACAAAGGAUAUUCAACAAAACAACAAAAAGAGAGUUAUUGGCAAUUUUUACUAUUAAUAUUACGGGUGAUGCGUUAGAACUCUACACUAUGCGUAAAGAAUCGGGCAUCUACAAGUAUGGAUUACUUGAGCGAGCACCCAUUCCUUUACGCUUAACAUCACAUAAUGAUAUGUAUUCUCUUAUUCACGUAUUCCACGAGAACUGGCUUAAAGUGUACAAUUUGAAUGAAAUAUCUUAUGGUGUCUUGCCUUACAUCGCUCCUGAACUUUUUCAAAGAAAAGCGUUAACUUUAAGGACAGCAGUCGCUUGUAUCUUAUUUAAAAUCUUAUAUGAUUCCGAGGAGGUUUAUAGCGAUCAUAGUAUGGAAGAAACUUCAACAACUGUUUCAACGCCUAAACGAUAG